AGCCUGUCAGUCCCCAGGCCCUGAACUAUUUCUUGCUCUUUAUCACCCAGCAUGCCAGGUUUUCAGAAUGCAGGAUCCUUCCCCCUCAAAAUUGGAAUAAUCCCUGAAAUCCAAGGAUAUGUGACAGGUUUCAAAGUAGCAGCCGUGUUAGUCUGUAUUCGCAAAAAGAAAAGGAGGACUUGUGGCACCUUAGAGACUAACCAAUUUAUCUGAGCAUGAGCUUUCGUGAGCUACGGCUCACUUCAUCGGAUAUGUGGCAUCUCUAGCCAGGUCCCUGCCCCCAGUGCCAGCACUGCCCCUACGCUUCAUCACCCUGCAACUCAGCCACAUAAACAGUUUUUAUUUGGGCCGCUGCCCCUAAUACCCUACUGCCCUAGUAGGCAACGACCCAGCCAACCAACUCUGCCUUAUGUGGUUGAGGCUGCUUGUCCUCUGUGCUUGGCACACAGCAGGGAAGAUGUGGGGGAGGGAGGGAAAGGCAGCCUGAGCAGCUGUUUAUCUCCCCUCUGAUUCCUGUCAGCAGCAGGAGGAGGUGAAGAGCAAUGACCUGGGUGUCACUAACACCACCCCCCCUUCUUGCAUCACGAACCACAGUGAAAGCAUUUCCCCAGCAGUAGCAGCAAAAGCAGCAGCCACUGCCUCAUGUGUCUCCCAGUGUGACAUCAGCAGGAGCUUGCACCAUGGGGCUCUCCUGCACGCACCUCCUUCUCUUGAUGCUGCUUGGUUUGUGGUGGCCAGGUUUGGCGUGGCAUCGGGUGGGAGCAGCUCGGGUCCGGGAGCAUUACAUAGCCGCAGAGACCACCAGCUGGAGCUACAGACCCCAGUCCAAAGAACAGUCCAGAUUAGAAAAUUCAGAGCCUGUGUUUAAGAAAAUUGCCUAUAGAGAGUAUGAAGCAGAUUUUAAGAAAGCAAAACCAACAGAUACUUUCUCAGGACUUCUGGGACCAACUCUGCAUGCUGAAGUGGGAGACACUUUAGUAGUUCACUUUAAGAACAUGGCCAACAAACCACUGAGCAUUCACCCACAAGGCAUAGCUUACAACAAACUAUCAGAAGGUUCCCUGUAUGCUGACCGAACAUCUUCUUUUGAAAAACUGGACGAUGCUGUGCCUCCAGGCCUGGUGUAUAAAUACACAUGGGAGAUCACUGCAGAAAUUGGGCCUAAAGAAGCCGACCCUCCCUGUCUCACCUAUAUCUAUUACUCACAUGAGAACAUGGUGGUGGACUUAAACUCUGGUCUGAUUGGAGCAUUGCUUAUAUGUAAAAAAGGAAGCCUGAAGAAAGAUGGGACACAGAAGCUGUUUGACAAAGAAUAUGUGUUGAUGUUUGCUGUGUUCGAUGAAAGCAAAAGCUGGCAAAAAUCAACCUCUCUCCUGUACACGAUUAAUGGUUACGCUAAUGGGACGUUGCCAGACCUAGGAGCUUGCACAUACGAUAACAUUAGCUGGCAUUUGAUAGGAAUGAGCUCCAAACCAGAGAUUUUCUCCAUCCAUUUCAAUGGGCAAGUCCUGGAACAAAAUCGUCGCAAGGUCUCGACCAUCAGCCUUGUGGGAGGUGCAUCGACCACAGCAAACAUGACCGUGAGCCAGAAAGGAAGGUGGCUGAUAUCUUCUCUUGUCCAGAAGCAUCUGCAAGCUGGAAUGCACGGUUACCUCAACAUAACAGAAUGUGCGGGGAAAGACGUGUUCAAGAAGAAAUUAUCCUUUAAGGAAUUGCGUAUGAUUAAGGACUGGGAAUAUUUCAUUGCUGCGGAAGAAGUCACCUGGGAUUAUGCUCCAGAAAUUCCAGAGACCAUUGAUAGGCAAUAUAAAGCUCAGUACUUGGACAACUUCUCAAAUCUCAUUGGGAAGAAGUAUAAAAAGGCCGUUUUCAGGCAGUAUGAAGAUGCCAACUUCAAUAAGCGUCUGGAGACUCCCCGGCCCAAGGAAAUGGGAAUUCUGGGCCCUGUUAUCAGAGCUCAGGUUAGAGACACAAUCAAGAUUGUGUUCAGAAAUAUGGCCAGUCGACCCUACAGCAUUUACCUUCAUGGAGUGACGCUUUCAAAAGAUGCAGAAGGAGCCACUGACCCCCUGGAUUCCACAGACAACAGCACCCUGAGUAAAGCAGUUCAACCUGGGGAAACCUACACGUAUAAAUGGAGCGUCGUGGACACCGAUCAGCCCACCGCACAGGAUGCCCAGUGUCUAACGAGAUUAUAUCACAGUGCUGUAGAUGUAACCAGGGAUAUAGCCUCUGGACUGAUUGGCCCACUUCUGAUUUGUAAAGGUGAAGCACUGGACAAGAGGGGUGUGCAGAACAAGGCGGAUGCAGAGCAGCAGGCCGUGUUUGCCGUGUUUGAUGAAAACAAGAGUUGGUACUUAGAGGAUAACAUCAAGGAGUACUGCAACAACCCCUCCAGCGUUAAAAGGGAUGAUCCCAAGUUCUACAGGUCUAACGUGAUGCACACAAUAAAUGGCUACAUGUCUGACAGCACUGAAAUCCUGGGAUUUUGCCAUGACGAAAUUGUGCAGUGGCAUGUCUCCAGUAUUGGCACCCAGGAUGAGGUAGUGUCCGUACGCCUUUCUGGUCACACUUUUUUGUCUCGAGGGAAGUAUGAAGAUGUACUGAAUCUUUUCCCCAUGAGUGGAGAAUCGGUCACUGUAGAAAUGGACAACGCUGGUACAUGGCUUUUUGCAUCCUGGGGUUCCCCUGAGAUGAGUCAUGGCAUGACGCUGAGGUUUAGAGAUGCCAAAUGUGAAAAAGAUAUAGAUUAUUAUUCUGAGGAUGACCUGUAUGAAAUCAGAUUUUCAUAUGAGAAGACUCUUGAAAAUGUGCCUGUAACCUCACCCCAAACUGAAGGAGAAACAAAAGAAAUAUCAAAAAAAACCCAGCAAUCUUCUGAUGAUUAUGAUUAUCAAGAUCUGCUGGCCUCAAGUUUGGGACUUCGGACAUUUGGGAAGAAAUCAAUGGUCCAGGAAGAAAUGCAGAAUCUUACUGCUCUGGCCAUAGAUGAGAACUUUGGCACCAGCACUCAGAGGGCUGAUGUGGCUCCUGGCUCAGAUCCGCCAUUCAUGGAGAACAGUGAUACCUUGAACACUGAUGAACUCUUGGAAACUCAAAGCACUGCUCCUCUCCCAACCGAGGCUGGGUCCCUCCAUACAAAUUACAUGGUGGCAGCAGAAGAACAUUCACCUCCAGUCACCACAACAGCAGUAAGUCCUGACUUGGCAUCUAAAGCUGGAAACCAAAGUGACUAUGAAGCAAAUCACAGUCAGAUGUCAGGAAAUUAUGAAAAAACACUUGCAGGUGAACUACUGAGGACCAGGGAAGAAGCCCAAACAAAAGAUGCAGCAGAACUGUUACCUGACAGAGGGGACAGCAUGACGCCCUCCUCUGCAACACUCAGUUCAGAGGAACCACAAGAGGAAAGUUCAGGAGGAGAAUACAAUUUCAGUAGAAAAAGGGAAAGGCGAGACCAGCUGGAGACUACGUUUUACACCGUUAAAAAGAUGCGAGCCCUCUUAGAUCAUGUUCAACAAAAUAAAAGUCUUUCCUCUCUUGGCAACACUAGUUCAGACAGAGCACCUCUUUCUCCUCACCAUGCAAAGAAUAUCUUCAGUUCAGAUAUGUUAGGGACUGACCAACUUCCAAAUGAAUAUGCUGAGGACCAGGACGUGGAGGAGGAGGAAACCAAGAAAGAAAAUGCUGAAUUUCCCAAACAUGCAGAUAACUUGACUUUUGCUGUGGGACACAGGGCGAAAAACAAUGAGUUAAACAUGUUCAAUCUCCCUGAUUUAGAACUACCCAAAGAUAAACAAGAAAGAAAUUUUACUCUAGAUUAUGCAUCGGAUAUCUUAAUUCCUACUCGUAGCCCAGUGGUGGGAAAGGACAUGCUGGGAAAGCUGUCGCCAAGAGGUAUGAAGUCUCCAUCUAAAAUUAUGAAUGAGAAAUGGAAUUUGGCCUCUGGGAAGGAGAGUUAUGGGAUGGAGACAAAUUCAGCUCAGGCUACUGAUAAAUUACAGAAUUGUUCCAGAAAUGCUACAAUGCCUACAAGAGAGAGUGUAUCCCUGAAUAAGAAGAAGCAAGGGAAAUUCAAAGGCUACUCACCAUUUAUAAAGGGUCAUUGGAAAGUAAGGAGCAAGCAUCCAACUCUGAAAGGGGAAAAGAGAAAUGUGAAUGGCACGUUGAGUACCUCUGGGACUCUCAUCAAGACCCGAAGGAGGAAAAAGCAUAAUCAAAAGUAUACUAAUCUCUCAUUGACACCCAGAGGUGUGAGACCCCCAAAGGUACCUGGAGAGCAAAACUGCACAUUAUUGUCCAGGGAGGCCAACCACACAGUGUCCCUUUGUGAGGCCAACAAUACAGAAUUGCCCAGCGAGGCCAACCACACGGUUUUGCCAAGCAGAGCUAACUACACGCUGACCCCAAGACAAUUUAAGCCCAUCAUCAUAGGGCUUCCCAGUGGGAAUGGGGACAACAAGAAGUAUGUUCCAGGAGGCUCUGACAGUGAGGAAAUUGAAGAUUACUCAAUUCAGAUGCAGACGUAGAAUUUCAAUGACCCAUAUACAACGGACCCCAGAUUCAACCUUAAUAAUGUCCGUAACCCUGAUGAGAUUGCUGUGCAUUAUCUCCGCAGCAGAGGGACCACAAGGAGAUACUACAUUGCAGCCGAAGAGGUCUUCUGGGACUAUGGAGGAUUAAAGAAAAGCACAGUGAGGAAUGUCAGAACCAGCCAUGAUGGGGGCAACACCAUAUACAAAAAAGUGAUUUUCCGAAGCUAUGUGGAUAGUACCUUUACAACUCGGGAGCCUGAAGGGGAAUAUGAAGAACACCUGGGUAUCCUGGGUCCUGUUAUCAGGGCUGAGGUGGAUGAUGUCAUCCACGUUCAUUUUAAAAAUCUGGCAUCCAGACCAUAUUCCCUCCAUUCCCAUGGGCUUUUGUAUGAGAAAUCCUCUGAGGGAAGCAGUUAUGAAGAUGAGUCUCCAGACUGGUUCAAAAAGGAUGAUGCAGUUCAGCCAAAUGACACCUAUACCUAUGUAUGGUUUGCAACCAAGCGGUCUGGACCUAUGCAACCUGGAGCAGCCUGUAGGUCCUGGGCCUAUUACUCCGGUGUAAACCCGGAGAAAGAUAUUCACUCAGGCUUGAUUGGUCCAAUCUUGAUCUGUCGAAAGGGAACGGUCAGUACAAGUAACAGGCCAGUAGAUACCCAAGAGUUUGUCCUGCUUUUUAUGGUCUUUGAUGAAGAGAAAAGUUGGUACUUUGAUAAGCAUUCCAAAGGGACUUACACUGAGAAGACCUCAGAAGUGCAAAAAUACCACAAAUUCCAUGCCAUUAAUGGGAUCAUAUAUCACUUGCAAGGACUGAGGAUGUAUAAAGAUGAACUGGUCCGAUGGCACUUGUUGAAUAUGGGCGGAUCAGAAGAUAUUCACGUGGUUCACUUUCACGGUCAGACCUUCACAGAAGUCCCUGGGCAUCAGCUUGGUGUCUACCCUCUCCUUCCAGGCUCAUUUCGAACUAUUGAAAUGACACCACCAAAAGCUGGCAUGUGGCUUUUAGACACCGAAGUGGGGGAAUAUCAGCAAGCUGGAAUGCAGGCCUCCUUUAUCGUUGUAGAGAAAGAGUGCAAGUUACGAAUGGGCCUAAUGAAUGGACUUAUACUUGAUUCACAGAUCAGUGCUUCUCGUCACAUAAACUACUGGGAACCUAAAUUAGCAAGAUUAAACAACGCUGGAAAAUAUAAUGCUUGGAGCACUGACAUGGAGCAAGGUGAAUUUCCAUGGAUCCAGGUGGACCUGCAAAGGGAAGCUCUGAUCACAGGGAUACAGACGCAGGGAGCCAAGCAAUGGAUGAAGUCCUUUUAUGUCAAAGAGUUCUUUAUGACUUACAGCAAGGACAAACGGAAGUGGAUCACCUUCAUAGGAAACAGCACUGGGGGACAGAAGUUGUUUGAAGGUAAUUCAGAUGCCCAUGGGAUAAAAGACAACCAUAUUGAUCCACCUAUCAUUGCGAGGUAUAUUAGGGUCUAUCCAACUGACUCCUACAACAGGCCUACUCUUCGGAUGGAACUCCUGGGCUGCGAAGUCGAAGGUUGCUCUCUGCCGCUGGGAAUGGAAAAUGGGGAGAUCAAAAAAGCUCAGAUUACAGCUUCUUCCUAUAAGAUAUCCUGGUAUAACGCAUGGGAGCCUUCCCUCGCGCGUCUCAAUCAGCAAGGGAGGUUGAAUGCCUGGCAAGCAAAGUCAAACAACAACCAGCAGUGGUUGCAGAUUGAUCUCCUCAAAGCGAAGAAGAUAACCGCUAUCACAACCCAGGGUUGCAAGUCCAUGUCUGUGGAGCUGUUUGUGAAAACCUACGCCAUCCUUUUCAGUGAUGAAGGCACAGAAUGGAAACCUUAUAUGGAUAACACCACUUCAGUGGGAAAGGUAUUUAGGGGGAAUGAGAACAGCAGCGGACAGGUCAAGCAUUUCUUAAAUCCACCCAUAUUUUCCAGGUUCAUCCGCAUUGUUCCUAAAACCUGGAAUCGAAGCAUUGCUCUCCGGGUAGAACUCUUUGGCUGUGAUCCUUCCUAAAUGCUGGACACACAGAGUACACACGAACGGCCAAGUCUGGGAGCCUGACACUUUUCAGCAAUCACUGUGCAGAACUACAUUUUUUAAACUCUUAGAGUAGUCAGAUUUAGUCCUUCUGAAGUGCCUUUCCUCCAAGGAUCUUAGAGUUUUGCCAAUGUGAAUUAAACGAGAGAUUUCAUUGGCAGAUAUUUCAUUCAUAUAAAUGUACAUUAAGGAUAGAACUGCACAGCAGCUGUGAGGGAGCUUCCCAGAGCGUGUGGGUAGACACGUGCUUGCUCCACUUGAGCUUGCGUGCUCGAGCAGCGGCAUGGGCGGCAGCUCAGGCUGGCCAACCGCGUAUGGACGCAGAGGCCAGGUGGGAUUGUUCUCAGGUGGCUAGCCCGUGCCGCCAUGGCCGUACUGCUAUUUUUAGCACCCAAGCUGGAGCAGAGCUAACAUGUGUCUCUUUACCUGCACCGUCCGAGCUGCAGUGUAGACCCACCUUUAAAAAGAGAAAGUAACAAACAUCAAAUCAACAAAGCAUGCAAGAUUGACAUGCCCCUUUCCAUGGGAAUCUGGGCACCCAAACACAUUCCCUCCAUUUCUCUACCACUGUCAUCUUCCCCCAGUCACACACGUUCUCCUUUUGUCCUGGUCCUGACCUAAUUUUACACUAAAUCUCCUGAGGGCAGGGACCUUGGGCUUAAUCCUGAGCCCGGAUUUGCUCUCUCUGUAGCCCCCUCACUGCUGAAAGCUAUCAGAUGUCCCUCCCUAGGCAUUCGCCUUGAAGGGGGAGUCCCCAGUACACAUAAAACCACUGUCUAUACCACCAUCCAGUAGCCGUUGGUGUUGGGGCUGGGAAGCGGGUGUGAUGCUGCACUCCAGCUAUUCCUGGCUGGUAGGUGGUCCCUUGGAGGGUCAUAGCCAGCCAGUGUAGACAAGAGAAGCCUCCACUCUGCUCUGAUCUCUGCUGGGGCUGACAUAGAAGUGGCCUCAAGAUCAAGGAUCUGCAACCCCUUCUCUGAGAAUCUAGGGCCCCCAUCUUUAUAUUUGCUUUUUUAAACACCACGCAUGCCUCUGACUCUAUAUAUCCUAAAUAACCAUUAACCUUCUAAGCAACCCUGGGUGGGGAUCAACAGUAUCUUUAUAGGUGGCAGGAAAGAAGCAUAGAGAGAGACAGUGAUUUGCCCAAGAUCAUGGCAGGUCAGUGGUAGAACCAGAAACAGGAUUCGUGGCUUCCAGUCCCAUGCUCUAACCACUAGAAGCUAGGCAAUGCUGUUUUGUUAUCCCUACUGGAAGAAACAAGCCUUCUUGGCUGUUGAUGAGAAACGUGAUGGCAAUAAAAUAGGAUUCGAUAACACUAUGGUAAAGACACCUACACCUUGUCUAUGCUACAGCAUUUGCCAACAUUAUUGCUGGUGGCACUGCUGUGGUGCAGAAAACAUUUAUAGAUUUUCUCUGGAUGGAUGCGCUCAGUGAGAAUAUAUUUGCUAUCCCUGAAUAUAUCUUUUUAGCAGAGUUUUAGCUAAGCUUUUAGUACUGUCCUAGGCUCCAGUCUUGUCAGCAGAGGACUGCCUCUGCUCACCUGGGUCCUUCAUGGCCUGGGGCAGAAUAUCAUCAAGAACCCAGGGCCAUGUUUUGGUCUCUAACCUUAUAAAGUAUUGUCUCAAGCUGUUUCAAGAGAAUUAGAGUUCUUAUAUCAAAAAAUGUAUGUGUUUCCAAGUAAAGAUGUAUAAAAAAGUGAAAUAAAAUUUUAAAACCUCAA